AUCAAGUUUUCAUCCUCCUGAAGCGCAGUCGCAACAAUACCUAGCUUUAUACGACAAGUACACCGACGACUUAUCUGUCUUUCACUUUACAGAUACUUCCGGGCCAGCACACUUUCAAACUAUCAUAUACCUUAUGCACCCAAGCGAUUAGCGUUGCAACGUAGAAUCUUCAAGAUGAGGGCAUUUUCCGUUGACAAUUGCACUAUGGCUCGAGCCAACAACAAAUCCUUUGAUGGGCUGUUAGACAGAAUAACGAAUGUAGUGUAUGCGAAACCUGGAAGCCUAGCACACGAGAGUAUUACGGGUCUCUCAGCCGGUGUUGGUAAAGUCUCUGGUGCGAAAAAUAAAUGCACAAAGAACACACAUCCAGCAUUCAGCCAACGGUCAAAGUCCGCGAGCCUACUGAACAUCUCUGCCAACUUCACCAGCGACUUCAGUGAAGUCGAAGUUAGAAAAAUGAAAUCUAGCGAAGGUCUAAACGAGUCACCACAGGGGUGUACACAUAAGCGUACCGUUGCCGUCCUUGUCGAACACUGUCAAGAUUCGGACGCAUACCAGUCUGACAGCUCUGUCAAUGAUUUCUCAGAGCGCGCGGGGCCUAAUAUGAAGUACAAUGAGAAAAAUGCGACAUGUGACCAGAAUGAUAGUAUGGUAGACAGGGCUCCACUGUACAGGCCAAUGUCGCUUACUCUAACACCUUUAAAGGUGAAGUCGGCGUUUAUAGUUUCGCGAGCGUCCCAAACUUCUAUUUCUAGCUCAAUUGAAGCACAAUUGGUGGAACGUACUCGAAAGACCCACAAUGCUAUAACGUUGGUCGAAAGAUCGAGUCUACUUCAGGAACCUACGGCUGGCAUUGUUCCGCGCACUACACCUACUUUGGCUUGGAAGGAUGAUGUAGUCAUGAACGACAGAGUAGUAGAUUUUGCAGUGAUGGAUCCCGAAGAGAAAGCGGCGCUGAAGAAGCGCAUGAAGGCGAAAUUCGUCCGUAAGCAUAAUAGCCCACGGGUGAGGCAAGCGAACAAGUCUUUUCUACUCCACUACGCCAAGGUAAAGGUUUAAAUACUCGACUAUUUUAUUUGUAUUCAUAUUAGAUGGAAACUACGCUGCCACAACGCAAUAUCGCGCUUCAGAAACCGGAGCAAAUCGAAUCGAGUAUAAGACCGGUCAGUAUUUCUAUGAUUCAAAGAGGUAAAGUUUCAUAUUCAAUAAAUAACCAAUGAUUGUGUGAGUUGAACUCGCAUCAUAAUUCGG